AUAAUAAUCAUCAGGACCCAUCAUGGCGGCCAUCGUGCGGACGUGACCCAGAACAGGCAAAUAUAAAGAGCCCGCCGCACCUGCCACGCCCCCCUCACGCCCCCCACAGCCUGCAGACGGACAGACUGUCGAGGAGGUCGCCGCCAUGAAGUAUUACGAGAACAGCAGCGUCCUCAAAUUUUCGUGGGACCAGGUGGCUCAGGGCAUCUGGCAGCGAUAUCCCAACCCUGAGAGUUCCCAUGUGCUUUCUGAAGACACAGUGGUGAGGAAGGUGGUGGAGGGACAGCUGCACUCCAAACGCCUCCUAACCAAGACCAAUCGUAUGCCCAAGUGGGGGGAACGCAUCAUCAGCGCCAGACAUGUCAACGUCAUCGAGGAGUCCAUCGUUGACCCCGAGAAGAAGGAACUCUGCACCUACACCAGAAAUGUCGGCCUGACCAAGGUGAUGACGUGUGUUGAGAAGGUGAUGUACCGGCCUUGUCCAGACAACCCCCAAUGGACGGUGGCGGAGAGGAAGGCUUGGAUUGACUCAAAGAUCUUUGGCCUCAGCUAUGCCAUCCAGACCUUCGGAGUGGAGCGUUACAAGAAGAACAUUCAAAAGACCAACCAUGGCUUCUCCUACGCCCUUACCAGACUCUUCCCCGAAGCUGCCAUCCCCCCUGACCCUGCCCUCCCCUACCAGCCAUCCCUGGAGGAGCGAAAACAAAGAUUAAAAGAGGCAGCGAGAGAGACAGCAAACGAGCCAAGGAACUAGCACAGGAGAAAGCUGGACCAAUUUACGCUGCCUGUGAGGGAGUGAAGAGCUGAGAGAGGCAGGGACAGUAUUGAGGGGGCUCGGCUGGCACUAACACUGGCUCUGGCACUUGUCCGACCCCCUAUGAAGUAUUGUAUUCAUCAGCCAAUGCAAAGAGAAAGUUGUACAGAUGUAGAUACUUGGCUUCAGGGUUUUUGUGCUCUCUCUACCUAUCGUCAUGGCUGUUGUGACUUUUACCUUCAUUUUUUUUACUUAUUCUAGUUAAUCUUAGGGUUUUUUUUGUAUCGUUUUUCUUCGAUUCUCAAAGGUUGUGUUCAUAAGUGUGGUUUCUUGUCAGGCGUGCUUUCAACAGGCUCUAGAGGGAGUCACUGUGGUUUUCAGGGUGUGUGUCAUGAUUCUAGCAAUAGUUUGACAAUCUUUAGUGGAAGUUGUUAGAGGUUUUCAAGAGAUUUCCAUGAUCUUAGUGCUAGUUUGACAUGCAUUCCUAAUCUUAAAGGCUUCUAACAGACAAUAAUGGUAGAAGAGAGGGGAGGAGGGAGAGGUAGGGAGGCUGGGAAGGAGGAGGGAAGAGAAGGAUUAUGUAGGAAAGAGAAAGAUUUAUGUAGGAAUAAUCUAGAGGGAAGGAGGAAAGAGAACUGUUAUGGAGGGAAGAAGAAAAGAGAAAGGUUAAGUUAUUACAGCUGGAGGGAAAGAGGAAAGAAAAGAAUUACGUAGAGAGGCUGGAGGGAAUGAGGAAAGGGACGGGUUAUGGAUGGAAGGAGGAAAGACACAGGUUAAGGUAAUGGCUGGAGGGAAAGAGGAAAGAAAGUUGUGUUAGAUUUUCAGGAUGUUUUUAUGAUUCUAGUGCUAGUUUUGCAAUUCCUCAUCUUGAAUGCUUCUGACAGCCUCUAGUGGAAGUUGUUGGCAGUUUGCAAGGUGUUUUUGUGGUUCUAGUUACAUCACGAUAAGUAUUACACGUCUUGAAUGCUUCUAAUAGACUGCUACAGACGUUAAUAGGAUUUUCAGGGUAUUUUUCAUGAUUCUAGUUCAUGUUUAACCAAGCAUUAACUCCUUCAGUACUGGGAUGCAUUUUUACCUUGAGUUUUGGGCACAAUUAGACCAUUUUAUUGACAUUAGGUAGAGUCUAUGGAGGUCAGAAGAUUAAAAUAGUCUUCACUAUUUUAAUCCCCUACAUAAAUUGGAAACAAGUCAUGGUACUGAAGGGGUUAACAUCAUGAGCACAUCUGACACACUUUAGUGGAAGUUAUUAGCAUUCUCAAGGGUGUUUCAAUGACCUUAUAGUUUUAGUUGUCCACACAGAAACAGCCUUGAGAACCUGUCCCUUCAUCUGUGGCCUUGGAAAACAGUCUUGACAAGAGAACCAAACAUUAGUGAGUCUGGAACCAGUAAUACUCCUUUGUACAGUGGUUAGAAGCAUUACUAGAACCAAUUAUAGUGUCCAGUAGUUUCCCCUGCCAUGACGAGGAGGAUGAGAGGAGCACUUCAGCAUCAAUACUUAGCCCCUUUAAUACUGAGAACCAUUUUUUCCCUUUUGUGUAUGAUUAGACAUUUUUAUUACAUUAGGAAGGAUCUACAGAUGUCAGAAAAUUAUUGGCCAGGGUCUUCACUAUUUAAUCCCCACAAGUUUCUAAAGCCAUAUAAAAAAUCACCAAAUAUUAGGCAGAAUUGAUAUGAAAAUGCGUAUGGUACUGAAUAUGUUAACCCCAUUAGUACCAUGAUGCAUUUCCAUAUUCAUUCUUGUUACUAUUUGGUGAUUUUAUACAGCUUCAGAAACUUAUGUGGAGGAUUAAAAUAGUGAAGACUGGCUAUUAAUCUUGUGACCUCCAUAGACCUUAAUGUUAAUAAAAUGGUCUAAUCAUACACAAAUCUUAAGGUAAAAAUGUGUCCCAGUACUGAAGGGGUUAGAGAGAGAGAGAGAGAGAGUGAGAGUCUACACCCUGCCCUUGAAGUCUGUCACAUCCUGGUUCCACUCUGGUUGGACAACUCUCAGUACAUUUCAUUCCAUUUCACACACUGGAGUUUAGUUUGGUUCCCUUCCUUGAGGCACUGUUAGCCCUCCAGCCCCAGGUGUUGCUAAGAUGCCCUGAUGCCACCACCCUGUUCUCUGAUUAAUGGAUUGAAAUGCAGCCUUCUAGUGGUCAUUAUUGUGUGUGUGUGGGUGUGGUGUGUUGGUUAAGUGAAGAGGUAUGGAGGAAAGAAAAGGAAAUGGAGAGAAAGUAGGGAGGAAGGAGAGAAAAGCAUGGAAAGGAGAGGAGGAGGAUUUUGUGUGUGUGUGUGUGUGUGUGUCUGGGUAGUUUAAGUGAAUAGAAAUGGAGGAAAGGAGAAGGAAAUAGAGAGAAAAAGCUUGAAGGAAGGAGAGAAUGGAGGGUAAUGUGUGUGUGUGUUGGCUCAGAACCAUGCAGAUGUUAGUAUGAGUCCCCAAGACCAAAACAAGAGAUGCAAUGAAGGACCGGUGUAAACAGUGUGUCUUGAUUGUCUAGAGUGAGACUGAGAGAAGGGCGAGUGUGAAAAAGAGUGUGAUUCUUGUCAAAAAUGAGACACAGAUAAGUGUGAAAUAUGAAUGAAUUUUUUUGACUGAUAACUUGAGAGAAAGAGAGGCUGAAGUGUAUCUCACCCUGAAAGACCAAAAGACACCCAAAGAAAUAUGUGUGUCUGUGUGUGUCCAUAAACCAACUUAUAACAACAACAGGGACAGUAAAAAAAAAAACCCAAAAAAAUACCUUUCACCCCCUAAAUGUUGAGUGUGUAUGUCCCUAAAACCCAUCAAGACAGUAAACACACUAAAAAAUGUCCCUAAAUAUGAAAAAAAAAUGUGUCCCUAAAAUCCCUCAAAACAGUGACAGGGACAUUAAAAACACUAAAAUAUGUCCCUAAAUAUCAAGAAGAGUGCAUGUGUGUCCCUAAAAUCCCUCAAGACAGCGACAGGGACUGGGCAUGAGUCUUGGUGAGGGUUGUCUUGGCAGGGACCAGCGUGGCGUGUGGGUUUCAAUUCCAUCCCUCAUUCCAUUACACGUUGCUCAGUGGCAGCGGAUAAUGACCAGUUUGGAGUUUUCAGGGUUUGCGCCAUCCACACGGGGUUGAGAAUGUGUGUGUGUUUGUGUGGGAUGCAUUGUGUGUUGCUGGAAAAUUUUGAUUGUGUGUGUGGGGAGAAAGAAAAAUGUGCCUGUACAAGUCUCAUCCACAUAAUGAAGUGACACCUGGCUAGCUCUCCCUUCUACUGUACUCUUGCUUUGCUCAACCCUGCCCAGCCAGCAUUUAGUGACCUUCAGGCAGUACUGGAUUGUGUGGACAGUUGUAAGUUGUGUCUUGGCGCUCCUUCACACACCACCACCAUACAUUUAUAGUAACUUAAGAGGCUGCACCAUUUCAAGCUUGUGAUAGUGAGGUAAGAUAUUGGUGGCAGUAAGAUUGUACAUAGCACCACUGGCAGCAAAAUAAUUUGGUGGAUUGGUGCUGAUAAGAAUGGUUAUGGCACCAGGCACUUUUUAAACCUGGUGGUAUUGUGUGAAGGAGCUCAAGUGAAGAAUGUUUUUUAUUAUUAUUAUUAUCAUUGUUAUUAUUAUCUUUCUUUUCGUGUAAGGGUCACUGGCCAAGGGCAACAAAAUGUGAGAAAAAUUAGGCCCACUUGACUGUCAGUUCCCAAAGCAUAGUCAAAUUUUUGUGUGUGUGCGCGUGUGUUAUGUGAAAUGGCCGUAGUGAAGAACCCUGAAAUUUGUGCAUGUGAGAGUUGAGUAGCCACUUCAUAAACAUUAAUUUGGUUUGUAGCCGUCGGUCAAUCCUUCACAGUGCUGGAGGUGUGUGUGUUCCAUCAAGGUUCCCCACACUAGUAAUACAUUCAGUGGUGAUGCAAGACAACACAAGAGCAGGAAAAGAAGGCACAACAACAGUAAUACACACAGAAAGAGAAGUACAUAUUUGUUCCCUUUCUUUCAUGCUUCUCUUUCUGCAUCUACUGUUCUUGUGGCUUUGUAUCACUUGUAUUUCUAUCAUCCUGUGUUGUCUUACGUCUCCACCACACACACACACAUCUUGAGGUGCUGCAGUGUGCUGGGCGAGGCUCGAGUCUUGAGUCUUGUGCCGUAUUGUUAACAGAACCAGGGAAACUUUGAAAACAUUUGUAGCAGAGCAAGUGCAGAUUAUUAAAAGUUCAAAAUAUUAUAGAGAAUUCAUUAA